AUGUUUACGGCAUGGUUUGAAGCUAAUCAGAAAUACACCGAAGCUCAACAGUUAACUUAUAGCAAUUUUGUUUCAAAGUUUGUAUAUGUCAAAAAGAAAAGAGAGUGGAAACCCAGGCAAAAGGGUUACACAAUUGGCAGGUUAAUUUGGGUUCCUCCAACUACAGGAGAAUUGUACUUUCUCAGAAUGAUGCUAACACAUGUGAAGGGCCCUCGAAAUUAUUCAGAACUGAAAAUAGUUAAUAACGCCAAGUACGAUACAUUCCGUGAUGCAUGUUUUGCAAUGGGUUUUAUUGGGGAUGAUCGUGAAUUUAUAGCUGCUAUUUCAGAGGCAUUUCAUUGGGGUUCUGGCCAUUACUUAAGAUUACUUUUUGUCCACAUGUUAUUGUCAAAUAGCAUUAACAGACCAAGGCAUGUAUGGAGCAAAACACGGCAUCUUCUAUCCGAUGGAAUUCUUUACUCUCAGCAGACUAUUGCCAACAACAGAGGUUUGAGGUUAUCAGAACAAGAAAUCUACAAUCUGACUUUGAUUGAGAUAGAAAAGCUACUACAACGCAAUCGUAAGAGCCUAAGCGACUUUCCUGGGAUGCCAAAACCACAAGGAUAUGUUCCCGAAGAAUUUGGAAACAAGCUUAUUUACGAAGAGCGGAACUACAAUCCCGUUGAACAACUUCAAGAAUUUAACAUGCUGUAUCAGAAUCUCACAGAUGAACAAAGGGAUGUAUUCAAGCAAAUCAUGAUGGAUGUGAAUAACCAGAAUGGAGGCGUGUUCUUUCUUUAUGGUUACGGCGGUACAGGCAAAACCGAUAUGUGGAGAACAUUAGCUUCUUAUAUAAGAUCAAAGAAACAAAUAUGUUUGACAGUUGCUUCUUCUGGAAUUGCCUCACUAUUAUUUCCAGGUGGCUGGACGGUGCAUUCUAAAUUCAAAAUUCCGAUUCCCACGCUUGAAUCUUCCACAUGCGACAUAAACAAAGGGAGCGAUAGAGGUGAUCUACUAAAACUAUCAAAGUUGAUAAUCUGGGACGAGGCUCCAAUGUGUCAUAAAUUUUGUUUUGAGGCAUUGGAUAAAACUCUGAAGGAUAUCAUGGGUGGAUCCAAAGCAUCAAAGAAAAUAUUUGGAGGUAAGGUAAUAGUCUUCGGCGGUGAUUUCAGGCAAAUUCUUCCGGUUAUUCCAAGAGGCAGCCGCUCAGAUAUAAUUCAUGCUACAAUAAAUUCAUCAUACAUAUGGGAUCACUGCAAGGUUUUGAAACUUACAAAGAACAUGCGACUACAGCAGUCGGCAACAUCCAGCAGUUCUGCAGAGUUAAGACAUUUCUCAGAUUGGAUUUUAACUGUUGGAGAUGGGAAGAUAUCAGAACCAAAUGAUGGUUACGCAGAGAUCGACGUUCCUAAAGAUCUGUUGAUUUCUGAUUUUGAUGAUCCCCUUGAGGCAAUAUUUGAAAACACUUACCCAAAUUUUGAUGUUAAUUUCAAUAAUGUAGAUUCUCUACAGUCAAGGGCAAUAUUAGCUGGAACCAUAGAGACUGUUGAUCAAAUCAAUCAGUAUAUUUUAGAAUUUGUUCCCGGUCAAGAGAAAGAGUAUUUAAGCUCGGAUUCAGUUGAUACCACAGACGGUGACGGCAAUGAAUCUUUUGAUGUUUUAACUCCUGAAUUUUUGAAUGCCUUGCAAGCUUCCGGUGUCCCCAAUCAUAAAAUCAAAUUGAAGAUCGGUACUCCAAUAAUGCUUCUCAGGAAUAUUGAUCAAGCAGAAGGUCUUUGCAAUGGAACACGUCUCAUUGUUACCAAAUUGGCCGAUCAUGUUAUCGAAGCAAAAAUUAUUUCUGGAAAGAACAUUGGUGGUGUCGUAUACAUUGCACGAAUGGACAUAACUCCGACUCAAUCCCCAUGGCCCUUCCGAAUGACCAAAAGACAGUUUCCUAUAACGGUAUGCUACGCUAUGACAAUUAACAAAUCUCAAGGUCAGUCUUUAGAUUUUGUCGGUAUAUAUUUGCCAAGAAGCGUGUUCAGCCAUGGUCAAUUUUAUGUGGCAGUUUCAAGAGUAAAGAGCAAAAAGGGUCUAAAGAUUUUAAUUCACGACAAAGACAAACAACCAUUGUCGGUGACGACGAAUGUCGUUUUCAAAGAAGUCUUUGAAAAUUUAUAG